GGCAUCGGCGGGGUCGGUGACACCACUGUUUUCGGGUCCGUGGAAGCAGGCGACACCGCCGCAUUUCCUCGAGGGCGAGAUGAUGGACUGGAUUCGCAAACCUUGGGUGCAACCAGCGGUGAUGCCGCACAACGUGAAGGACAAGACGACCAUCGCGGAGAAGCCGACCAAGCAGGACAUGGAGGUGACGGAACACGUGAGUCCUCCCUCGGGCUGGCUGGGAGCAAGGCGGGAGCUCCUGGACAACAGGAUGGAGUACCCUGCGGCGCUGGUGCAGCUCAAGCGGCGGUGACGCGCAACGAGAAGGCCGUGCAUGCGGUACUGGAGGUGAGCAGCAAGGAUUCACUGCGCAAGUGCUGGACGGACCUCAGCGACGGGGAAGGCUACAUGGAUGCGGUGGAGGCUCAGCCUGGGCAGCAGUUUGCCGUGGUGGGCAAGAAGGACGCCUGCGACGGGGAUGUUGACAAGGCGAUGGUGGAGAGCCCCAAGUCGGCCUGCGGGGGCGUCGAUGCGGAGGUGCUGAACACAAAUCGCACAUCUCAUGGGCGUGCUGGCCAAGUAGGCCCUGUCGGCGCCGAGCGACAACAAAAACUCGGGAGGAGCUGA